AUGCAGAAAAGCAUCAGGUACAAUGAGGGACACGCUGUGUAUUUAGCUCUGAUCGCGCGUAAAGAGGGGACCAAACGCGGCUACCUGAGCAAGAAGACAGCGGAGAACAGCAAGUGGCACGACAAGUGGUUUGCCCUUUACCAGAAUGUGCUCUUCUACUUUGAGAACGAGCAGAGUAGCAGACCCUCGGGGAUCUAUCUGAUCGAAGGCUGUGCUUGUGAGAGGGUCCCGUCCCCCAAGCCCCCGACAAUGGGCAAGGAGACCCUGGAGAAACAGCAUUAUUUUACUAUAAAUUUUGGCCAUGAAGGAUAUAAACCACUGGAGCUCCGAAUUGAAGAAGAGGCUGACUGUGAAACAUGGGUGGAUGCUAUUCAACAGGCCAGUUAUUGUGAUAUUCUAAUUGAGCGAGAGGUACUCAUGCAGAAGUAUAUUCAUCUGGUUCAGAUAGUGGAAACGGAGAAAAUUGCAGCACAUCAGCUCCGACAACAACUUGAGGACCAAGACACAGAAAUCGAGAGAUUGAAAGCUGAGAUUGUUGCCGUGAACAAGACUAAGGAACGGAUGCGUCCUUACCAAGGAAACCCAGAGGAUGAAGACCCAGACAUUAAAAAGAUUAAAAAGGUUCAGAGUUUCAUGAGGGGCUGGCUAUGCAGAAGGAAAUGGAAGACGAUUGUUCAGGACUACAUUUGCUCCCCACAUGCAGAGAGUAUGAGGAAAAGGAACCAAAUCGUCUUCAACAUGGUGGAAGCAGAGUCAGAGUAUGUGCAACAAUUGUACAUCCUGGUCAACUGCUUUCUCAGGCCCCUGCGGAUGGCUGCCAGCUCCAAGAAACCCCCUAUCAGUCAUGAUGAUGUCAGCAGCAUUUUUCUCAACAGUGAAACAAUUAUGUUCCUUCAUGAGAUAUUUUACCAAGGACUAAAAGCACGGAUAGCCAACUGGCCUACAUUGGUGUUAGCUGACUUAUUUGACAUUUUAUUACCUAUGCUGAAUAUUUACCAAGAGUUUGUCAGGAACCACCAGUACAGUCUGCAGGUAUUGGCAAACUGUAAGCAAAACAGGGAUUUCGACAAGCUGCUGAAACAGUAUGAAUCAAACCCAGCAUGUGAGGGGCGGAUGCUGGAGACCUUUCUUACAUAUCCCAUGUUUCAGAUUCCACGAUAUAUAAUAACAUUGCAUGAACUUCUGGCGCACACACCACAUGAGCACGUGGAAAGGAAAAGCCUGGAAUUUGCAAAAUCAAAACUGGAAAAUCUUUCGAGGGUAAUGCAUGAUGAAGUGAGUGACACAGAAAACAUUAGGAAAAAUCUUGCAAUAGAACGAACAAUUGUGGAAGGGUGUGACAUAUUGCUGGAUGCAAGUCAGACAUUUGUACGCCAAGGUUCUCUCAUACAGCUCCCUUCAGUGGAGAGAGGAAAACUUGCCAAAGUUCGUUUAGGUUCCCUUUCUUUGAAGAAAGAAGGAGAAAGACAGUGUUUCUUAUUCACAAAACAUUUUUUAAUCUGCACAAGAAGUUCUGGAGGAAAACUGCAUCUCUUGAAGACAGGAGGUGUUCUUUCCCUAAUAGACUGUACUCUAAUAGAAGAACCUGAUUCAAGUGAAGAUGAGUCAAAAGGCUCUGGUCAGGUCUUUGGGCAUCUAGAUUUCAAGAUUGUGGUUGAGGCUGCUGAUGCCCCACCAUUCACAGUUGUACUACUCGCUCCAUCAAGGCAGGAAAAAGCUGCAUGGACCAGUGACAUAAGCCAGUGUAUAGAUAACAUACGAUGCAAUGGACUAAUGACCAAUGUAUUUGAGGAAUAUUCAAAAGUUACUGUCCCUCAUAUGAUUAGAUCUGAUAUCCGACUUCAUAGUGAUGAUAUGGAUAUCUGCUUCAGUAAGACACUGAACUCCUGCAAAGUGCCACAGAUCCGUUAUGCGAGUGUAGAGAGGUUGCUGGAAAGACUGACUGAUCUGCGCUUUCUCAGCAUUGAUUUCCUCAAUACCUUCCUCCACACCUAUCGCAUAUUCACUACUGCACUGGUGGUCCUGGAGAAGUUGACAGACAUCUACAAGAAACCGUUCACCUCCAUCCCUGUCAGGUCACUGGAACUGUUUUUUGCAACUAACCAAAGCAACAGAUCUGAGCACAUGAAUGAUGGAAAGUCCCCAAGGCUGUGUCGGAAAUUUUCUUCGCCUCCUCCGCUGUCUCUUUCUCGGACGUCCUCUCCUGUCCGAACUCGGAAACUUUCACUCAGUUCCCCUGUGAAUUCUAGAAUAGGAGUUCUUGACCUUUCCACAUCCUCCACAUCUAGUACUUCUACCUUUGCUUAUAGCCCAGCUACCUCUCCACCUCCCCUAGCAAGCAAAACACCACUGGAUCUGAGCAAAGGUUCCUCAUCCCCAGACCAGUGUCCUCUGUCCACAGAGGAAAAUUCAGAGCAUCCCCGCAUUGAUAUUUGCAGCAAGUUAAGAAGAAGCAUCAGGAGAGAUAAAAUUCAGAUAAAGAAAGGCUUUCCUCAUGGACAAACUAUCCUAUGCCAUUAUAACAGUUGGUGGAAGAGUUGGAACAGUAAUGUAUCCAGGCCAGGAGGAUCAGUCAACAUAGCUGAGGACACUCAAUCUGGUGUGAUGGGACCUGGCAGCAGGGAGAUGGACAAUGCACGAUGCUCUGUGUCUCCUACUUCAGCAUUUGCUAUUGCCACAGCGGCAGCAGGACAUGGGAGUCCACCAGGAUUUAACAACUCAGAGCGCAUGUGUGACAAAGAAUUUAUAAUACGUAGAGCAGCUACAAACCGUGUUUUGAAUGUCCUUCGACACUGGGUUUCCAAGCACUCUCAGGAUUUUGAGAUGAACAGUGAACUGAAGUCAAACAUUGUAACUUUGUUAGAGGAAGUGAUGCGUGAUCAUGAUCUGCUGCCCCAAGAAAGGAAAGCCACCGCCAACAUUUUAAGUGCGCUUUCACAAGAUGAGUUGGAUGAUCCUCAGCUGCGGCUGGAAGUUUUAAUACAGAUGACAGAUGGCCCCAGGAUGGAAUCCUUUGAGACACUAUCAGUCAUGGAAAUAGCAGAACAGUUGACACUCCUUGAUCAUAUUGUUUUCAGAAGCAUACCAUACGAAGAGUUCCUUGGUCAAGGGUGGAUGAAACUUGAUAAAAAUGAACGGACACCAUACAUCAUGAAGACGAGCCAGCAUUUCAAUGACAUGAGUAACCUUGUUGCUUCUCAAAUCAUGAUGCAUGCUGAUGUUAGUUCACGCACAAUUUCCAUUGAGAAAUGGAUAGCAGUGGGAGAUGUUUGCCGAUGCAUGCACAACUACAAUGGAGUCCUCGAGAUCACGUCAGCGCUGAAUAGGAGUGCUAUCUACAGGCUGAAGAAAACCUGGGCAAAGGUUUCCAAACAGACAAAAGCACAAAUGGACAAGCUCCAGAAAACCGUCUCAUCAGAAGGAAGAUUUAAAAAUUUAAGAGAAACAUUGAAAAAUUGUAAUCCACCCUGUGUUCCAUAUCUCGGGAUGUAUUUGACUGAUCUAGCAUUUAUAGAAGAGGGUACACCAAAUUUUACUGAAGAAGGGCUUGUAAACUUUUCCAAAAUGAGAAUGAUAUCACAUAUUAUCAGGGAGGUACGACAGUUCCAACAAACCCCAUACAGAAUAGAUCAUCAACCAAAGGUCAUUCAAUACUUACUUGACAAAUCAAUUAUUAUGGAUGAAGAUACACUGUAUGAGCUGUCCUUAAAAAUUGAACCUAGGCUCCCUGCAUGAGAGCCAGCAUUUUUGUGGCUGCAAAGAUCCAGCGGUUUAGUAUGACAACCCAGAGUGUACAUGGCAUGCCGCAUGGAGUGUGACUUAUCUACCCAGGAAAAAUGUGAGCGUGAGUUUUCCUAAAGGAAAGAUGGAGCCUUACAGGAAGAUUGUCUGCCUAUCGCACGUUGGAAGAUGAUGAACUUCGGCUUGGGGUGAAAGUUAAGGUCAUUUAUAUCCAGCAAACUUGACAUUAUGAGAAGAACAUAACUUCUGCAGCUUGGAAAAAUAUGAAAAGCAGUCAAAAUGAAAGUCAUUAUUUAUAAAAUUAAAAAAAAACACUUAAAAGGGUGCACAACAAGUGGCAAGCAUUGAGGUAACUGUGUUCAUCUGGAAGCCUGGACAUACAAUGUGACGCAAAUUAUUUUCUUCCUAGGAGCUAUUUUAGUAGCAAGUGGCUUGUGUGGUUGUUGGGUAGCUUUUGCUUAUCACACUUGUGUGGUCCAGAGGUGCUGUGUUACCUGUCAAUCUACGAGACAUGAAAACUGAAGGAUUUUCAAAACCUCUCAGAGAAGUUUAUUCCUAAGUAACAUCCUGGAAGAAUGCAAUGUUGAGUAUCACAGAGCAAAGCGUGAGGUGAUGGCAAAAUACCACUGCAGUUCUUAAUGGCUUAAAGAAAUGAGCUCUUCAAACUUGAGUUGAAAAGGUCCAGUUAUCAGUGUGAAAAGAGUGCACAAUUCUAAUGGCAUGAGCUUUAAAAACAUCAGCUUACUGUAACUUUGCAGCUUUGUUGCACAUAUGAAACCAUUCAUGAAAUUACAAGUAAUCCUAAAAUAGUGAUUUAAGGGUAUCACCAUUUUUCUAUACUUUAACAGGCCUCAGCUUUGUAUGUUGUAAUGUAUUCUGGAAUGUCCCAUAGUAACUUUCUAAGUGGAGUGUUGAAUGUUUUUAUAUACGCUGAUAUUUAAUCACAUCAUGUUUUAGUUGCACUAAGUAUUGUGUUGUACAGCUUGCUUAUGCUUUCCUAUGACUGAAAUCUUAAAAACUCUCCAGAAAUCUAGAAUCAAAGCUGCCACAGACAAGGAGCAGAUCUAGGUGAAUAAUAAACUACUGAUGAUUUUAAUAAGA